AUGCCUGGUAUAUCAUGGAUGACGCCCAAACAGUCAGUUUGGAUGAAAACUAAGGUGGAUGGAUUCAGCCUAAGCCAGCUGCAGGGUGAAACAACAACUUUCCUUUCCAAUACAUCCUGUGAAUGGUUCGAGAAGUGGCCUGAAGCCGCUGUGCAUUUCAAAGAUAGCAAAACUGGUAUUCCACUUAUGUCAUUCCAGUUGUCAGAAAAGCAGACAGAGGAAUUAGCCCAACAUCUCAAACAACGAUGUUCCAAACUCCGCUCUUACUUUUACCGCAGCAACUCCGCUGCUGUGCAAGAAUGGGUGACACAAUUCACUAAAACGGUAACGAAGCUCAUGGGCUCCACCACCACUCACACUUGUGGGCCUUCUGCAGUGGAACAUUUCAUUCAGACAGAGUACAAGGACAACCUUACCGCCAUGGCUGCAUGGGGAGAAGAAUAUGUGUUAAAGAUGCAGCGGGAAGCGAAAGCUGAAUGUGAGUUACAUGCGAAGAAGGCCAAAGCUGAGAUGGAGGCACUGUCCAAUCCCACUGACUCUGCAAAGUUACAGUUGGAACAGGAGCGUGUACCUUGGGGGACCAGACCCUCGUUUUCCACCAUGGCAAGGGCACUACUGGCUUCAACUUUCAUGAUACACUCCCAGACCAUCAUGCACGAAUCAUUGAACCAUUCACUACAUUUUUUAAAGGGUGCUUUUGCUGUUCCUGCCCAGGAGCUGAUGCCAUACUCAUCUCCAUCUCCGUCAAGUAUCAAUACUAUUGUUCCCAUUUUGGACACCUCCGACGUUAUCGCUGGUCCCACUGCAACUCCAGGAGUCUUGCAUGCCUUGGCCAAUCAACAUUUAUCCUUGGAGCCAAUGCCAUACUCGUCUCUGUCUCCAUCGAGUAUCAAUACUAUUGUUCCCAUUUUGGACCCCACCAACAUUAUCACUGGUCCCACUGCAACUCCAGGAGUCUUGCAAAUCUCAGCCAAUCUACUUUUCUCCUUCAACUCUUCGCAUCCUGAUGGGAUCCACCCCUCCUUUGAGGAUUUCUUGUUCCAUCCAGUGCCCAUUCCCAAUGAUUCACUGAAUCUGUCAGACAAUUUCUUGCUCAAUCUGUUGAAUGAGGCCAUCGCCAACUUUCUGGCUCGCACGCAGUCAUACAAAUUCUCAACAACUGCAGCUGCAAUGAACGAGAGUCCAACACUACCUCCCUUUCCAUCCGCAGAUGAGUCACAUUCUCCUUGUAAUGAGGGUGUAGCAUCUGCUCGUAUAGAGUCCAAGAUCCCCUCUGGUGGCAUUAAGAAGGCGCCUCGCCCUCGUCCAUUCAGAGGAGGAACUGACACUCGCCAUGAUCUAUAUCGUAGUUCUACUCCUUUGCCUUCUGUACUUCCUGCAAUGCCUGUAACUCACCCAGAUCCAUGGCUGCCUGCAGCUACUGAGCCUCCUGUUGAGACUCCUCUGCAGGCAACUGUGGCUGCAACUCAUGAAGCUCCCACACAAUCUCAAGCUACCGAACCUCCUGCUGUGAUUUUUGAAGCUACUGUGGCUUCUCCAGCAACUCUUGUUUCAGCACCCGGAGCCAUUGUCACAUCCUCUCACAGAGUUGAGGUGGCGGGUCAGCUACCUGACAAGGAGCCCAUGGUGGUUGAUGAGAACUGCGCUGCAGCGGCCGUGUUCAUGUUCCAUCUACUCGCACAAUGGAAGCUAACAAUAUUGGCGCUGACAACACUGGAAGAAAGCCAUGAAAGUCACGCAAAUUGGCAGGCUCCUUCCCAGCCCCAUGGUUCCAGUGUUGAGGGGUAUCUGAGGGAACUGGAAACUUGA